AUGGCUCCGCCGCUGCCGCUGCCGCUGCUGGCGCUGCUACUACUGCCGGUACCGACGGGCGCGGGGCGGCGGGCGGCGACCCCCGACGGGGCGCCCGCCAACUUGACGGUGGCGGUGGUGCUGCCGGAGCGCAACGUGAGCUACGCGUGGGCUUGGCCACGCGUGGGUCCGGCGCUCAGCCUGGCGCUGGAAGCGCUGGAGCGGGGCGAGCCGCCGCUGCUGCCGCGGCCCUUCUCGGUGCGCGUCGAGUUCAUGAGCUCGGAGCUGGAGGGCGCCUGCUCCGAGUACGUGGCACCGCUUAACGCCGUGGACCUGAAGCUCUACCACGACCCCGACGUGCUGUUCGGGCCGGGCUGCGUAUAUCCCGCCGCUUCCGUGGGGCGCUUCGCCUCUCACUGGCGGCUGCCCCUCAUCACCGGCGGGGCGGUGGCCGCGGGUUUCAGCCGCAAACGGGAGCACUACAGCACGACGGUGCGCACCGGGCCCUCGGCACCCAAAUUGGGCGCCUUCGUCUCCCACCUCCACGCGCACUUCAACUGGAGCGCCCGCGCCGUGCUCCUCUACGUGGACCGCAAGACCGACGACCGACCCUAUUACUUCACCGUCGAGGGUGUCUACCAGGAGCUGCAGGAUGGCAACAACCUCACCGUCACCGUCCACAUCUACUCCCCCGAGGAGGGCGGCCCCGACACCGCCGUCCACUUCAUCAAAGCCAACGGGCGCGUGGUGUAUCUCUGUGGGCCACCAGAGAUGCUGCGGCAGAUCAUGCAGCUGGCACAACAGGAGAACCUCACCAAUGGCGACUACGUCUUCUUCUACCUGGAUGUCUUCGGGGAGAGCCUGCGGGGUGACUCUGCCCGUGACCCCUUCAAGCCCUGGCAGGAGAGCCCAGGCGAGGACUCAGGACUGCGUGAGGCUUUUCAGAUGGUGCUGGUGAUCACCUACUAUGAGCCCCAAAACCCUGAGUACCAGCAUUUCCAAACCCAGCUCAUUCUGCGAGCCAAGCAGAAAUUUGGGGUGCAGCUCAACUACUCCCUGAUGAACCUGGUGGCGGGGUGUUUCUAUGAUGGGAUGCUGCUGUACGCCAUGGUGCUGAAUGAGACUCUGCGUGAGGGCGGCUCCAAGAAAAACGCCACCCACAUCAUCGAGAAGAUGCGGGACCGCAAGUUCCAGGGUGUCACAGGGCUUGUGAGCAUGGACAGCAACAAUGACCGGGACACUGACUUCAAUCUAUGGGCCAUGAGCGACCCCAAGACUGGGCAGUAUGAGGUGGUGGGACACUACUCGGGUGUGGAGAAGCAAAUCCACUGGCUGGGACGACCCAUCCCCUGGGUGAAGGGGGCUCCCCCCUUGGACAACCCUCCCUGUGUCUUUGAUGUGGAUGAUCCCUCCUGUGAUAAAACCCCCCUCUCUAUGCUGGCCAUCGUGGCUUUGGGCACUGGCCUCACCUUUGUCAUGUUUGGCAUCUCCAGCUUCCUCAUCUUCAGGAAGCUGAUGCUGGAGAAGGAGCUUGCCAGCAUGCUCUGGAGGAUCCGCUGGGAUGAGCUGCAGUUUGGAAGUCCCGAGCGGUACCACAAGGCAGCGGGCAGCCGGCUCACCUUGUCCCUGCGUGGCUCCAGCUAUGGUUCCCUGAUGACCACCCAUGGCAAGUACCAGAUCUUCGCCAACACCGGCCACUUCAAGGGCAAUGUCGUGGCCAUUAAGCACAUCAACAAGAAGCGCAUCGAGUUGACGCGGCAGGUGCUCUUUGAGCUAAAGCAUAUGAGAGACAUCCAGUUCAACCACCUGACCCGCUUCAUCGGGGCGUGCAUCGACCCCCCCAACAUCUGCAUCAUCACCGAGUACUGCCCACGGGGCAGUUUGCAGGAUGUCCUGGAGAACGAGAGCAUCAACCUGGACUGGAUGUUUCGCUACUCCCUCAUCAAUGACAUUGUCAAGGGAAUGGCCUUCCUGCACAACAGCAUCAUUGGCCAUCAUGGCAGCCUCAAGUCAUCCAACUGCGUGGUGGACAGCCGCUUUGUGCUGAAGAUCACUGACUAUGGUCUGGCCAGCUUCCGCUCACCCAGCGACAAUGAGGACACACAUGCACUCUAUGCCAAGAAGCUGUGGACAGCCCCAGAGCUGCUGCAGAAGGGACACCUGCCCACCCCAGGCAUGCAGAAAGCUGACGUCUACAGCUUCGGCAUCAUCGUGCAGGAGGUUGCUUUGCGCAAUGGCCCCUUCUACAUUGAGGGCAUGGACCUGAGCCCUAAAGAGAUUGUGCAGAAGGUGCGUAACAGCCAGAAGCCCUUCUUCCGCCCCUCCAUCGACAUCGGGGUGCACAGCGAGGAGCUGGCAGUGCUGAUGGAACGCUGUUGGGCACAGGAGCCGGCCGAACGCCCUGACUUCAGUCAGAUCAAGAUCUUCAUCCGGAGAUUCAACAAGGAGGGAAGCACCAGCAUCCUGGACAACCUGCUGUCACGCAUGGAACAGUAUGCCAACAACCUGGAGAAGCUGGUGGAAGAGAGGACACAGGCCUACCUGGAGGAGAAGCGCAAGGCAGAGAACCUCCUCUACCAGAUUUUGCCCCAUUCUGUGGCAGAGCAGCUGAAGCGUGGAGAGACAGUGCGGGCUGAGGCUUUCGACAGUGUCACCAUCUACUUCAGUGACAUUGUGGGCUUCACUGCCCUCUCAGCAGAGAGCACUCCCAUGCAGGUCGUGAUGCUGCUGAAUGAUCUCUACACUUGCUUUGAUGCCAUUAUCGACAAUUUUGACGUCUACAAGGUGGAGACCAUUGGGGAUGCCUACAUGGUGGUCUCGGGGCUGCCGGUGCGCAAUGGGAAGCUGCAUGCCCGUGAGAUUGUCCGUAUGGCCCUGGCCCUGCUCGAGGCUGUCAAAACCUUCAAGAUCCGUCACCGUCCUAACGACCAGCUCCACCUGCGCAUCGGCAUACACACCGGUCCCGUGUGCGCCGGAGUGGUGGGUCUGAAGAUGCCACGGUACUGCCUCUUCGGGGACACAGUGAACACCGCAUCCCGCAUGGAAUCCAACGGCCAGGCCCUGAAGAUCCAUGUCUCAUCUGCCACCAAAGAAGUCCUUGAUGAGUUCGGCUGCUUUGAGCUGGAGCUGCGUGGCGAUGUAGAAAUGAAGGGCAAGGGAAAGAUGCGGACAUACUGGCUGCUAGGCGAGAGGAAAGACCCCUAAGUCAUUUGAGCCCAGUGGCUGUGGCAGAGGCCCCUGCUCAAAGAGGCCACCAGUGCUUUCCGGUGCCCCAGGAUGCACCGGCACCCCCCCAUCACUGCAUCCACCUGACUCUGCAGCCCCCCUGCUUCAGCAGGGCCUGGGCAAGGUGGGGCAGCGGCCAGAGCACCGUCUGCUCCCCUCCAUCAGCACCAGCAAAGCCCACCUUCCCCACAGCCUCUGCUGGAGUGGGGUAACCACCCCCAUCCAGCCCAAGAGCCCUUGUAUUCCCCCCAGUCACCGAGGUCUGUCACCCCUGCCCUCUCCCCUGUGGCUCAGCUGGCUCUGAGCUUCUCCGGGGCCUGGCUGCCCCGCAGGGCACUUUGCCGUCUCUUUUCAGUACCUGGCCCCCAGCAGAAGUUGUGCCCAUGUCAACCUCUCCCUGGGGUGGGGGGAAAUGGGGAUUCCUGCCAAGACUGACUCCUUGGCCAGGUCAGGCUUCAAUGCCGCAGCUCCCCCCCUCCCCAGUCUCCCCUUCCCCUGUAUAUAACCCCACCGGGUCAUGUAAAUACCCAUCCCUCCUCCAGGUGUAAAUAUAGGACUCGCUGCAACAAUUUUGUUGAAAUACAAACUUCCCCAGAUCCA